AUGUCGGAGCAAACGGAAAAUACUGCCGAGCAGCUGCGUGAGGAGCUGACCAGCAAGCAAUUGGCUACGGAUGGGGACCGUGACGCGCUUGUAGCGCGACUCCGCGCAACUCAGGAGCAGGACAAAGAUACGGCCCCUAAGGCGUCGCCGGCUCCUGUACCAGCGCUGAACCCUGAAGAACGCAAAAGCCGUGCGCUAGAGCUUCUGAAAAAGAAACUAGCGCGUGCCAACAAGUUUGGUGGAGAACAGACGGCGGUCGAGGCGCUGGAGCGCCAGAUCGCAAGAAUCGAGAAAUUCGGUCUCGACCUCGACACCGGGCUCGCCAGAGAGCUUGGUCUUGGCAAGGGCCCGCAGAGCACGCGGGCUGGGGGAAACCGUGUACCGCACGGACGUGGCAAAGCGCGCAAGCGCUCGUCUAAACGUACAUCGAAGCACUGA